AUGGAAUACACCUCUGUUGAUGACGCCUUGAAUCAUCUGGUCCGCCUCCAGAGCACCAGUGGCCUGACUUUGUCGACGAAAUCCCAUCUCCAGGAGCUUAAACUGGAGCUGGAAUUCCUGAGAACUUUUCUCAGCUGCCUGGAUUACAGCAACUUGGAAGAUCUCUUAAAAGAGAUUGAAAAGGUGUCCAGAAAUGCAGGCAGACGCCUACAAUCCAUUCGUUCCAAACAGAUCGAAGACAUAGCCAAAGAUGUGAAUAAUUUGGCUCCAAUAAUAAAAAAGGAAAUAGCAACUCUCAAGCCAAAGAUCAUUGAUGCAGUCUCUGAGUCUACUGCUCCUAUGCUGGUGAUAGAAUUUAUCGACUCUCUUGUUGAGAAUCUGAUCAGCUAUCAGAGUCAAUCCUCUCUUCCUGCAGGGAAAGAACUCAGAGAACUUGAAACUAAGCUAAGGUUUUUGAGAAACUUUCUCAAAUUUGCAGCUACACGAUGUACCGAGCAUGAGAAGCUCAAACAUCUCUUUACUCAUGCUGAAGAGGUAGCUCUUGAAGCUGCAUGUUUUUCUUUCAUGUGUUCUUCGGACAUGAUCAAGCUUGCUCAACUACAGCGAAAAAUCAGGCCUGACAAACCGGAGAUCAGAGAGGUUUAUGUGGGUGUUGUCCAAGCAUUGAAGCCGCUAGCAACUGAGACUCAAAUUUCAGAUGUGGAUCUAGCAAGCUUCAUACAGACUCUCCAAGAUCAUGUGAAAGAGGUACUAAGAAACCCGCCAAAAUGGAUGGCUUCGUUGAAGGCCGAUAUCGAAGCUCUCUGUGAGGAUCUCACGUUCCUCAGCUCCUAUGUUAAGGACCCUCCAAUGGGGUUCAAUGAGAAUGGGAAGUGGAACGACCUGAUAAAUGUUUCACUUAAAGAUCUUCAAGGAAAACUGGGGAACUGGAGUUCUUUUGAUGUAAAUCCCCUGAGGCACUAUACUGAACUUUCGAAAUUGAAAGGCCAGUUGACCCGUAUUGAAGAUGUGGCUAUUAAAGUUGGUUGUGCCAUCUUUUCAUACUUUUAUGUGGAUGACAUUCAGCCUGUGGAAGUAAAAAUUGCAGUUGAUGAUUUAGUCGAAAAGAUAAAGCAGAUUAAGGAAGAGGUCCAAGUUCCUUUGUUCACACUGCCUGAUGUUAAUGUCUCAAGGUUAGAUGACCUGGGGUUUAUCAGAUCUCUCUUAAGAAACCUGACGGAGCUACUCGACAGGCAGGCAGGUCCAAUCACUUCCCUGAAGCAUCAAGUUCAGGUAAUAUUUGACAACCUAGAGCCCCUAAGUGUUUUUCUGACCAAUCAUGAAGAGAGGCGCCAUAAGAAUGAGGCACUGAAAACAUUUGCAACUGAUAUACUAUUUGUUGCACACCGAGCUGAAUAUGUCAUUGACUCGUUAUUAGUCAGAGAUGGACCUGUAUGGUACCAUUUGCUCUGUGUUUCUGAUAUCACUGGAGAGAUGAAGAGAAUCAGGAGGGAGGUUGAGGGGUUUAAAGAAGAGAAAAUCUCUGAUGCCAAGACAGAGAACUUAGGUGCAGAGGAAGACAGAGACACACCAACGACAGUAGAUUCUAAGCCAACAGAUGUGGCCAAUGAACUGGUCGUGGGAUUAGAGGAUGAUAUAGACUAUUUGAGACAGCAGCUGACUAGAGGAUCAAAGGCGUUGAGUGUUAUAGCUAUUGUUGGCAUUGGUGGAGUUGGAAAGACAACUCUAGCUAAUAUAGUCUACAAUGAUCCCAGCAUUAUCAGCCACUUUGAUAUUCGUGUAUUUCUUCAUAUAUCCCAAAAAUAUGAGAGUCGGCAAUUACUAAUUCAGAUUUUACGUGAUAUCACCGGACAGAAUGACACAUUUGAUAAAAGGAGCUUUUCUGAUUUGUCUGAAAUGCUAGGCAGGCUUCUAAAACGGAAGAGGUUCCUCAUUUUGAUGGACGAUGUAUGGGAUGUUGAAGCAUGGCAUGGUUUGAGUGCAUCCGUUUCUGAUGAUAACUAUGGAAGUAAGAUUCUCUUGACAACUAGAUCAGAUAGUGUGGCUAAGAAUAUUGAUGUUGGACGUGGAGAACUCCUCAUACAUCAUGUUCAAUGUCUUACAUCAAAUAAAGCCUUGGAAUUAUUGGCAAAGAAGAUAUUUCAAGAAGAACAUGUUCCUCCACAACUCAGAACAGUCGCGAUGAAAAUAGCCGAAGAAAUGCAUGGCCUACCUCUUGACAUAGUUAUGAGUGCUCAUGUGCUUGCUAAAGAGAAAACAGUUAAGUUUUGGGAACAAGUGCUGGAAAAACUCCAUCAUGGUGAGAAUCAAAAUGCUUCCAGCGUUAUAAAUCUCCAGCAUAGUAAGAAUCAAAAGGCUUCCAGAGUUAUUGGAGUGAGUUACGAGUAUUUACCAGAUUGUCUGAGGCCAUGCUUUCUCUAUUUUGGAGCAUUACCACCGGAGGCUGAAAUUCCAACAUCCAAGUUGAUCAGGUUGUGGAUUGCAGAAGGAUUUAUACAACAAACUGAAGGAAAUAGCUUAGAGGAUGUGGCAAUGGAAUACCUAAUGCUCCUAAUGGAUAGAUGUCUUGUUUCGGUGGAUAGAAAGAGCUCAAGCGCUCGGGAGAAAUCAUGUUACGUCCAUCAUCUGAUACAUGAUUUUUGUUUAGCUAAAGGCAAACUCGAAAAUUUUUAUCAGCUGAUGGGAAGUUAUAGCGGAGUCUCAACUCCCCUGGAUGGUUUUAAGUGCGAGCAUCGCCGGCUGUUUAUUUCUUCUUUUUGGGACGAUCACAAUUCACCAAGAGUUUCUGGACCACUUGUCCGAAGCCUGGUGCUAAAUGGCGGUACUUCAAAAUUUUCCAUGUUUGCUUGUGAGAACUUUAAACUUGUUAGAGUUUUGGAUUUAGCAUGUAUAAAUGUCGGCAAAACUUUUCCUGCUGGUCUAGAAAAGAUGACUCUGUUGAGGUACUUGGCAAUCAGAGGAGAAAUGACCGAUAUCCCGUCUUCAAUUGGCAGCCUCCAGCAAUUGGAAACUUUUGUUACAAUAGGAUUAAGUGGAGAAAUUGCAAUACCUGAUGCUAUUUGGAGUCUGACAAAUUUGAGGCAUUUGCAUAUAACUGAUCGUGCUUCUUUUGGCGCCCCUGACAACAGAAGAAAAUUUUCAGACAAGUUGCCAAAUCUGAGAACAAUGUCGACCCCUUUUCUGAGUUAUGGGGAUGAUUCGGAUGAGAUAGUUAGAAAGUUAGCAAGUCUUAAGAAACUGAAAUGCAUCAUUUUGGAAUCAUGGGACACUUAUACCAAAAAGAACAUGUUUCCCAGACUGGACUUUCUACAUCAACUUGUCUCUCUCAAGCUGUUUUACUAUGGUAGAGUACGAAAGACAUGUGAGUUCAAUUUCCCUUCGAACCUCAGAAAGUUGACCCUAUCACGGUUUUGUCUGCCAUGGGAUCAAAUAUCAAUUAUUGGGGAACUUCCCAAUCUUGAGGUCCUGAAAUUACUGACUAAAGCCUUUGAGGGUAGUCUAUGGGAGGUACGAGAUGUUCAGUUUCUCACUCUUAAGUUGUUGAUAUUAGAUACACUAGACCUGGAGGAAUGGCACUUUUCCGAUAAGGCGUUGCCCUUCCUUGAGCGACUGGAGUUGCAGAAAUGUAAGAAACUAAAGAAGAUCCCAUUUAGUAUUGGUGACAUUCCAACACUAAAGGAGAUUGAGGUGAAAUGGUGCAACCAAUCCAUUGAAGAGUUAGCCCUGAACAUUCAGAAUGAACAAGAAGAAAAUGGAAAUAACUUGUUCAAGGUCAUCAUCCAUAAGACAGAUGACAGCUUUGCCACUGCAAACUAA